UGAAUGAAGGAGAAGAAUUUUUUUUUUAAAAAAGUAUUGAGUUCGUUGUACUUUUUUAAUUUAAAUAUACAAUUGUAUUAUUUUAAGAUGUAUUAAAUAUAUAUAUAUUUUAUGGUUACUUCCCCUCAAGAUAUAUGUAUAUGGGUGAAAUUGAAGACGCUUCUUUUAAGUGAGGUUACUGGUGUAUUGGAUGUUUAAUUCAGCACCGGCAUUGCAUGACAGUUGUUGGAAUAACAAGUGGUUUAUUUUUAAAACCACACCUUUUAAAAUUUAGGUUGAAAUAGUUCUAGUAAAAAGUGUGAUAACAAUUUAAAAGAAAGCCAGCAGAAAUCGAAGCAAACAUGUCCGGAGAAGUGCGUUUGAGGCAGUUGGAACAGUUUAUUUUGGAUGGGCCGGCUCAGACCAAUGGGCAGUGCUUCAGUGUGGAGACUUUACUGGAUAUACUCAUCUGCCUUUAUGAUGAAUGCAAUAAUUCUCCAUUAAGAAGAGAGAAGAACAUUCUUGAGUACCUAGAAUGGGCUAAACCAUUUACUUCUAAAGUCAAACAAAUGCGAUUACAUAGAGAAGACUUUGAAAUAUUAAAGGUGAUUGGUCGAGGUGCAUUUGGGGAGGUUGCUGUAGUAAAACUAAAAAAUGCUGAUAAGGUAUUUGCCAUGAAAAUUCUGAAUAAAUGGGAAAUGCUGAAAAGAGCUGAGACAGCAUGUUUUCGUGAAGAAAGGGAUGUGCUAGUGAAUGGAGACAAUAAGUGGAUUACAACUUUGCACUAUGCUUUCCAGGAUGACAAUAAUUUAUACCUGGUUAUGGAUUAUUAUGUUGGUGGGGAUUUGCUUACUCUGCUCAGCAAGUUUGAAGACAGAUUGCCUGAAGAUAUGGCUCGGUUUUACUUGGCUGAGAUGGUGAUAGCAAUUGACUCAGUUCAUCAGCUACAUUAUGUACACAGAGACAUUAAACCUGACAAUAUAUUGAUGGAUAUGAAUGGACAUAUUCGGUUAGCAGACUUUGGAUCUUGUCUGAAGUUGAUGGAAGAUGGAACGGUCCAGUCCUCAGUGGCAGUUGGAACCCCAGAUUAUAUUUCUCCUGAAAUCCUUCAGGCCAUGGAAGAUGGAAAGGGAAGAUAUGGACCUGAGUGUGACUGGUGGUCUUUGGGGGUCUGUAUGUAUGAAAUGCUUUAUGGAGAAACACCAUUCUAUGCAGAAUCUCUGGUGGAGACAUAUGGAAAAAUCAUGAACCACAAAGAGAGGUUUCAGUUUCCAGCCCAAGUGACAGAUGUUUCUGAAAAUGCUAAGGAUCUUAUUCGAAGACUCAUUUGUAGCAGAGAACAUCGACUUGGUCAAAAUGGAAUAGAAGACUUCAAGAAACACCCAUUUUUUAGUGGCAUUGAUUGGGAUAAUAUUAGAAACUGUGAAGCACCUUAUAUUCCAGAAGUUAGUAGCCCAACGGAUACAUCAAAUUUUGAUGUGGAUGAUGAUUGUUUAAAAAAUUCUGAAACAAUGCCCCCACCAACACAUACUGCAUUUUCUGGGCACCAUCUGCCAUUUGUUGGUUUUACGUAUACUAGUAGCUGUGUUCUUUCUGAUAGGAGCUGUUUAAGAGUUACAGCUGGCCCCACCUCAGGAGAUCUUGAUGUUAAUGUUCAGAGGACUCUAGACAACAACUUAGCAACUGAAGCUUAUGAAAGAAGAAUUAAGCGUCUUGAACAAGAAAAACUUGAACUUAGUAGAAAACUUCAAGAAUCAACACAGACCGUCCAGGCUCUACAGCAUUCAACUGUUGAUGGGCCACUAACAGCAAGCAAAGAUUUAGAAAUAAAAAACUUAAAAGAAGAAAUUGAAAAACUAAGAAGACAAGUAGCAGAAUCAAGUCAUUUGGAACAGCAACUUGAAGAAGCUAAUUCUGUGAGACGGGAACUAGAGGAUGCUUUUAGACAAAUCAAAGCUUACGAAAAACAAAUCAAAACCUUACAACAAGAAAGGGAAGAACUAAACAAGGAACUAGUCCAGGCUAGUGAGCGAUUAAAAAACCAAUCCAAAGAGCUGAAAGAUGCACACUGUCAGAGGAAACUGGCCAUGCAGGAAUUCAUGGAGAUCAAUGAACGACUAACAGAAUUGCACACCCAAAAACAGAAACUUGCUCGCCAUGUCCGAGAUAAGGAAGAAGAGGUGGACCUGGUGAUGCAAAAAGUUGAAAGCUUAAGGCAAGAACUGCGCAGAACAGAAAGAGCCAAAAAAGAGCUGGAAGUUCAUACUGAAGCUCUAGUUGCUGAAUCAUCUAAAGACAGGAAACUACGUGAGCAGAGCGAGUAUUAUUCUAAGCAACUGGAAAAUGAGUUGGAAGGACUGAAGCAAAAACAAAUUAGUUACUCACCAGGAGUAUGCAGCAUAGAACACCAGCAAGAGAUAACCAAACUGAAGACUGAUUUGGAAAAGAAAAGUAUUUUUUUUGAAGAAGAAUUAUCUAAAAGAGAAGGAAUGCAUGCAAAUGAGAUCAAAAAUCUGAAGAAAGAACUGCAUGAUUCAGAAGGCCAGCAGCUGGCCCUCAACAAAGAAAUUAUGGUUUUAAAAGACAAACUGGAAAAAACCAGGAGAGAAAGUCAAAGUGAAAGGGAAGAAUUUGAAAAUGAGUUCAAACAACAAUAUGAGCGAGAAAAAGUAUUAUUAACUGAAGAAAAUAAAAAGUUGACAAGUGAACUUGAUAAGCUUACCACCUUGUAUGAAAACGUAAGUAUGCGCAACCAGCAGUUAGAAGAAGAGGUAAAAGAUCUCGCUGACAAGAAAGACUCUGUUGCACAUUGGGAAGCGCAAAUCACAGAAAUAAUUCAGUGGGUCAGUGAUGAAAAGGAUGCACGAGGAUAUCUUCAGGCCUUAGCUUCUAAAAUGACUGAGGAAUUGGAAGCAUUGAGAAAUUCCAGCUUGGGUACACGAGCAACAGAUAUGCCAUGGAAAAUGCGCCGUUUUGCAAAACUGGACAUGUCUGCCAGACUGGAGUUGCAGUCGGCUCUGGAUGCAGAAAUAAGAGCCAAACAGGCCAUUCAAGAAGAGCUGAAUAAAGUUAAAGCAUCUAACAUCAUAACAGAAUGUAAACUAAAAGAUUCGGAGAAGAAGAAUUUGGAACUACUAGCAGAAAUUGAACAGCUACUAAAAGACACAGAAGAACUUAGAUCUGAAAAGGGUAUAGAGCACCAAGACUCACAGCAUUCUUUCUUGGCAUUUUUGAAUACGCCUACCGAUGCUCUGGAUCAAUUUGAAGAUUCCUUUUCUUCUUCUUCAUCCUCACUGAUUGAUUUUUUGGAUGACCGCUCUCCAUCCUGUACUCCAGCUAGCAAAGGCAGACGUACUGAUCCUGUUGAGGACACUUAUGUACGGAACCCGAGCAUCAAGUUUUACAACCAGUCAAGGUCCACAUCUCCUUCCACAUCUAGUGAAGCUGAGCCAGUUAAGACUGCAGACAGUGCUCCACUUCCAGUUCACACGCCAACCUUAAGGAAAAAGGGCGGCCCUGGUUCAACUGGCUUUCCACCUAAGCGCAAGGCUCAUCAGUUUUUUGUAAAAUCUUUCACUUCUCCCACAAAAUGUCAUCAGUGUACCUCUCUGAUGGUGGGUUUGAUAAGACAAGGCUGUUCAUGUGAAGUGUGUGGAUUCUCAUGCCAUAUAACUUGUGUAAACAAAGCUCCAACCGCAUGUCCAGUUCCUCCUGAGCAGACAAAAGGUCCCCUGGGUAUAGAUCCACAGAAAGGAAUCGGAACAGCAUAUGAAAGUCAUGUCAGAAUUCCUAAGCCAGCUGGAGUAAAGAAAGGAUGGCAGAGGGCCCUGGCUGUGGUUUGUGACUUCAAACUCUUUCUGUAUGAUAUUGCUGAAGGGAAAGCAUCUCAGCCCAGUGUUGUCAUUAGUCAAGUUAUCGACAUGAGAGAUGAAGAAUUUUCUGUGAGUUCUGUCUUGGCUUCUGAUGUUAUUCAUGCAAGUCGAAAAGAUAUACCUUGUAUAUUUAGAGUCACAGCUUCACAGCUCUCAGCACCUAAUAACAAAUGUUCAAUCCUGAUGCUGGCAGACAGUGAGAAUGAGAAGAGUAAGUGGGUAGGAGUGCUCAGUGAAUUGCACAAGAUUUUGAAGAAGAACAAAUUCAGAGACCGUUCAGUCUAUGUUCCCAAAGAGGCUUAUGACAGCACUCUGCCUCUUAUUAAAACAACUCAGGCUGCUGCAAUCAUAGAUCAUGAAAGGAUAGCUUUGGGAAAUGAAGAAGGAUUAUUUGUUGUGCAUGUCACCAAAGAUGAAAUUAUUAGAGUUGGUGACAAUAAGAAGAUUCAUCAGAUUGAACUCAUUCCAAAUGAUCAGCUUGUUGCGGUGAUCUCAGGACGAAAUCGUCACGUACGACUUUUUCCUCUGUCAGCUUUCGACGGGCGAGAGACAGAUUUUUACAAGCUGGCAGAAACUAAAGGGUGUCAAACUAUAACUUCUGGAAAAGUGCGCCAUGGAGCUCUCACAUGCCUAUGUGUGGCUAUGAAAAGGCAGGUCCUCUGUUAUGAACUCUUCCAGAGCAAGACCCGUCACAGAAAAUUUAAGGAAAUUCAAGUCCCGUAUAAUGUCCAGUGGAUGGCAAUCUUCAGUGAACAGCUCUGUGUGGGAUUCCAGUCAGGAUUUCUAAGAUACCCAUUGAAUGGAGAAGGAAGUCCGUGCAGCAUGCUCCAUUCAAAUGACCACACACUGUCAUUUAUUGCACAUCAACCAAUGGAUGCUAUCUGCGCAGUCGAGAUCUCCAGUAAAGAGUAUCUGCUGUGUUUUAACAGCAUUGGGAUAUACACUGACUGCCAGGGCCGAAGAUCUAGACAACAGGAAUUGAUGUGGCCAGCAAAUCCUUCCUCUUGUUGUUACAAUGCACCUUAUCUCUCAGUAUACAGUGAAAAUGCAGUUGAUAUCUUUGAUGUGAACUCCAUGGAAUGGAUUCAAACUCUUCCUCUCAAAAAGGUUCGACCUUUAAACAGCGAUGGAUCAUUAAACCUUUUAGGGUUGGAGACAAUUAGAUUGAUAUAUUUCAAAAAUAAAAUGGCAGAAGGAGAUGAACUAGUUGUUCCUGAAACAUCAGAUAAUAGUCGGAAACAAAUGGUUAGAAGUAUCAACAACAAGCGACGUUACUCCUUCAGAGUCCCGGAGGAGGAAAGGAUGCAGCAGAGGAGGGAGAUGCUACGAGAUCCAGAAAUGAGAAAUAAGUUAAUCUCUAACCCAACUAAUUUUAACCACAUAGCACACAUGGGUCCUGGAGAUGGAAUACAGAUUCUGAAAGACCUGCCCAUGCCAGGUUUCCCUUAUCCAUCCCCUCAUCAUCACUCCGGUCUGAUCUCCUCUCCGAUCAACUUUGAGCACAUCUAUCACAUGACUGUUAAUUCUGCUGAAAAAUUUCUCUCUCCUGAUUCCAUAAACCCCGAAUAUUCCCCGUGUCUGCGCUCUGUCCCUGGUACACCAAGCUUUAUGACUCUGAGGAACCCUCGUCCUCAGGAAAGCCGGACCGUGUUCAGCGGCUCGGUCAGUAUUCCAUCCAUCACCAAGUCCCGCCCGGAGCCCGGCCGCUCCAUGAGUGCCAGCAGCGGCCUCUCAGCACGGUCAUCUGCGCAGAAUGGCAGUGCGUUGAAGAGGGAGCUGUCUGGAGGAAGCUACAGCACGAAGCGGCAGCCCAUGCCUUCCCCAUCAGAGGGCUCCUUGUCGUCCGGGGGCAUGGACCAGGGCAGCGAUGCCCCUGCCAGGGACUAUGACGGAGAGGACUCCGACUCUCCGAGGCAUUCCACAGCAUCCAACAGCUCCAACCUGAGCAGCCCCCCAAGCCCAGUUUCACCCCGAAAGACCAAGAGCCUCUCCCUCGAGAGCACGGACCGCGGGAACUGGGACCCCUGAGCCCUGGGCGCUCCCACCGCUCGCCCUUCCACUGCCUCUCCCCCGCUCCAUGUCCUCCACCUCAGCCGGCCAGUCGAAACCCAGUGGCGGCGGCAGCAGCAGCAGCAGCGGGUAGGGUGCGUGGUUGCCUCGAAACACUGGCCUGGCAGCACUGCACCUCUGGCCAGCAGCAGCCGCACAGCCGCGUCCUCUGUGGCUGAGGUCGACCACGGGUCAUUCCUGCAUAGAUGCUUUCAAUAACAUUUACUCCCUGGCCCAAAGGUAGCUUCAGUAGACAGACUACACAAGUGUAAUCUUACGAGUGAGACUAGACAGGUUUGUGUUCACAGUAGCACCUCACUGCACCCUGGGAUUCCACACCCGAGGCAGCCAGCCUGCAGAGGCCACUGCGCGCAUCAGCUCGUCAUUGCCGGAAAUCCCCGUGAAUCCUCACAAAUUAAAACAUGCAUAUUUUACUACAGUACAGAGUCUAAAUAAAUACAUAAAUGUAGAAGUUAAAUACUGAAUGUACAUAGUCAAAAAAGCAUCUUGUAACCAGUGAGAUGGAUGCAUAUAUGAGAGAGUGUUUAAUUUAAGAGAUGUGUUGUUUCUUGUCUGUUUCUCAGCUAAGUCACGGAUAGGCUAGAAAGGCUUCACGCUGACAUUGGGAGAGGGAAAGGAAGAAACUGAGGUCCCUUUGGUGCCCUGGCCUCACACUGGUGGCAAACCCUGGGCAUCUGGGGUCCUUAGGGGACAUCUGGAGACAUUGGCUUCAUUGGUCACAACCUGGGCCACCAAAGUUGGAACAUUUGAAACUGUUUGAGCAGCAGUUGCAAAGGCACACUCAGCCUUCCCCGGACAUUUCUUUUUCUAGUGAUAGAAUUCAAACCCCACUUCACUGUGUUUUGGUAUCUUCUACAGAUGAGUGUAGAUGCAAUGCCCUCACCUUCUGACUGAUCCCUUCCAUCUGAAGGGAGUGUUGUCGCUUCUGAAAGUUCGUAGAAAGGUUCCUAAAAUUGCGUUUUUUCCUGGGCGGUAGCAGAGUGUUUGCACCAGGGCUGGGGAUGGCUCCUGAAGGAGGAGCAUAUCCCCGUAAGGGUGGGUAGGAAAUUCUUCAGAUGCGCCUGGGGGAAAAGGCUUUUAUUACCAAAUAAUAAGAAACCUCAGAAGCAAGGACUUGAACAGCCUUAACCAAAUACUUAUUCCUACAGCAGUGGGAAGUGGAUGGGGCCCUGGGCACAGUCAGGAAGCGGCCUGGCAUAGCUGCUUCGGCUGGCUUUCCCUCCUUCCCCGGCUGCAGUGUCAUUGCCUGGUUACUUGUGUUUCCGUUGGAUUCCUCCUCUUUUGCUUGCCAUCGGGAAAUGAGGUGCAGAACCAAAAGAACUUAUUGCUGUGGUCAUUUCAUCAUGUAAGCACAGGAGCAGAGAAAGAGAAAAGUAUCUCAUGGAAGAGAAUCUGGUUCUCUUUUCACCCAAGUUUCUGGAUUUUGACCUUUUCUUAAAUAAUUGGCUUAAAUGGAGAAGAUCCUCCUGCAGCUGCUAACAUGGGUUGUGGUGUCUUGUACCACCGGUCUCCAGCACUUCUCAUCCUUUGCAUAACGCCCUAGGUAUCCCCAAGUGGGGGCCACUUCAUAGAGAAGGUUCCCAAGAUUCCGCGGUGGAGGGGAGGGGUCUUUGGGGGAUUACGUGCCCAGCACUUCUGACAGCAAGUUUUAGACCCCUGACACUGAAACAUUUUGGAUUCACUGCUGGCUUGGGUUUGAUUAUGUUUUAUUCUAACGGUCAUAGCUCACAGUGUAGCUCUAAUCUCCCAAACUUCUUUGCUUUUGGAAAAGUGUCAUAUAAAAAAUACUUUUAUACACCCAAAUACCAGAGGGGGUCAGAGCUUGAGUUUGUUUCUUUUCAUGUGCCUCUGGCAGCUGCUUAAACAUGGCAGAGGAGAGAUCUGCCAGCCCGGUGCGGGCACUGCCCUCUGCUUUCACCUUUGCCUCUCCCUUCUCUUCCAGGCGAACGACAGGGCUCCAUACUAAGCCCUUAGUCUGUGGUUCUGCAAUGAAUUGUGAGUUUUUGUUGCCUAUAGGUGCUUAUUUUUCCAAGUAUACUUUCAGAAUUAAAAUAUAAACCUACCUGGACUGUAGGCUUCCCCGAGUGAGUCCAGCAACUCACAGGACAUAGGCGCAAGCAGCUGGUGGCCAGCACCGCAGGGCUCUGCUUUGCCACGCAGGUGCAGGUACGGGGUGCAGCACCUGAAGGGAGAAACUGCCGGGAGCAGUUUCUGAAGAUGUUUUCCCCAGGCAGUGAUCAUCCCGCUGGGCUUAUCCCACACUUAAAUCUGAGGCCAGUUACCUUCAGGAGUUUCUAAAAAGAUGGACAGCAGGUUCCGAGAAAGGGCAAACUCAAGGACCCUUCGGAGAGGUCAGUAACAAAGAUCACAGGGUAUGUUGUUGCUGCCUGAAGUGUUGUUUUGUUUUGUUUGUUUUUUAAUGCAGGACAUUUUCUUAAAGUGCGUAUGGCAACAGGAAUUAAUUUCUCAGAAAGAAAAUGCACUAGAGGCAUUUCUAGCAGAGUCUGUGCGUUGAUAUUUGGUGCUAUCUAUAUCCAACCAAUUACAAUUCUGGCUAAUCUUGUGUGCUUUUGGGUGUAUAAAAUUAUAUUUAUACAUACAUAUUUCUUUUUGCCAAAACAAAAGCCUUCCUUCUUGUCAAAUGAUUGCUAAAACAGGUUUCACUUUAGUUUUAUAUACACGCGGCACCCAUGGAUACCCUGCAACUGUGUUUUCUCCUGGGGAGUGCAGCUUUCUGGCUGUGUGCUGUAGCUGAAGAGGGCCUAUCUGUUCAGUUUUCCGACCAAUCCUUGCUCCCAAGUUUCAGGAGAGAAUCAGAAAUUCCUGUCAGCAGCAAUCUGUCAUUUCCAGGAUGGCUCACCUCACUGCCCUUCCGUGAUAGUUAGAAUUAUGUCUUAGUGGCCACACCUGUUUGGGAGAAGAACCGGUUUGUGUGGAAUCUCAGGUAUUGUUAAGAAGUCAGCAGGGGGGGCAGAUGUCCCAACCCCCAGAGGCAUCAGUGACUGGACACUGCUGCCCCCCAUACCCAAGGGGCUCUCAGCAGCCUGGAGCCCCCUGUGGUUCUGGGCCCAGCAGGGAGGCAGAUGGGUGCACAGAGAAGCUGCAGAAUGCCUGUUGUGGCCGUUUGUAAACUUCCUGUCUUGUUAAUCCCUUUGUCCAUUGCUGAGUCCAGAGCUCUCUGUUGGGGGUGCCAGAAAGGGGGCCUCGCUUCCGCAGUGCUGGGUGCCUCUGCCUUCUCUGGGGUGACUACAUGACAUUGGCACUGCAGUUACAAGGGGACACUGACCACCACAAAUCAACCUUGAUGUCUCAUGAAAACAAAAUGACCUGCCUUUUUAUUUGAUAGUAUAUCACUUAUUUUAUAAAUUUUUAGGGUUUUUUUCUCAUUGUAAUAUUAUUGUACAGUUUUGCAUGGCCUGGAUGUAAUCAUUUUUGUUUAAAAUAUAAUGCUGACCAGCAUAUGUAUGGAAGGGGAAAGAUAUGCUCUGGCCUCUAUCACUUAUUUUGUUUGGUUUUAUGCCCUCCGUGUCUUAGGGAACUUUAUCAAGAGAUUCUCUGCUAUUAAACAAUGAUGUGGAUUCUUUUGCACAGAAAUAUUUAAGGUGAGAGAGUCAAGUGGUAAAAAAGACUCCUCACCAGUUAUUUUAUGUUGGCAUCACUUAAUAUUAACCCGACUUUGAUGUACUGCAAUAAAACAGGGGAGCUGUUAGAA